AGGCUGUUAUUCGAACGAUUUCGAUUUUUUUAGUGCCAAUGGUGAUUUGUUUUUUUUAAGUGAAUCAUUCUUCGAUUAAUUAAAGGAAGUUGACGGAAGCGACACCAACGGACAGAUUAUUGGCAUUAGACUAGAUAGAAAGAGAAAACAAAAAACAAAAUGGUGGUCAGUACGGAGUCGAGUGGUCCGCCGAAGACGAGGAAAAAGAGACCUGCCGGAAGCAAAAGUCGUCGAUCAUCUUCGUCGUGCAGCGCUGCUUCGGAUGUCGCUAAUCAUCAGCAAGACGCCUACCUUUACGAUCAGCCUCGCAACAUAGCCGAAUCGCUGCACGGAGUCAGUGAGGAAGAUCAUCUUUACGAUGUCGUCAAACCGCGAGGAGAGCCCGCCGGCGAUAACACUUACCAGAACAUCGACAGCCGCGCAGUUUACCAGAACAUGGACGACAUUUACGACAAGCCCGUGCGCAAAGGCAAGAGCAAAAAGGCUUCGCUGGUGGUACAAUCGCACUAUCAGAAUGUGACGUUCGACGAUCAUCACGACGUGCAUGCCAUCGACGAGGGAGACGAUGACGAUCACACAUACCUCAACAUCCGUACUUACGACAUUCCUCGUUCAUCUGCCACCAAUAUCUAUGAUCAGCCACGAAUUGGCGGCAACAACCUCAACCACGUCAACAACAACAACAAUCUGCCUCUGGACAGUGAUUACGACUACCCUAAAGGCUUGAUCCCGCUCUCUGCCCGUCUGCUGCUCAACGCCAGCCGCAAGCACCUCCAUCAUUGCGACGCCGAUUCGCUGGACGGCGAUCAAUCUCCGGACCAUGAUAUCGACGACGGACUAACUGAACUGCGGUCGGGAUCAUCGCCCGACGAAGGCAUCGGCACAGAACUCGAUUCCCCUAAAGGAUUAGGCGUUAUCACUGAAGAGGAACAGGAUGAAGCGCAAGAGGUACUUGGGCUGGUCGAAUCGCCCGAGGAGAAUUGCUACUCGAAUGUCGCAGUGAUCCAGCCGAGGAAAAAGAAGAGCCGAAACAAGUCGACCAGCAAAAACAAAGCGCCUCGUGAGCCGACCGACGAAGCCGUUCCACUCCAACAGACGAACGACAUUAUACCCGUUAAAGAAGGCGAUCCGGCCGCUCAAGAGGAACGGAUUCAAAAGGAUCGGUGCAUCGAAAUUUAUUGCGAAACGCUGCGACAGAGAAACAGUCACAAAACCACAAAGGCCAAUGUUCGUGAAUUAGUGAGCGUGCAGUCAUCGAAGGAUCACAACAUGGAUUACAAUUCAACCAUCCGCCGCAUGAAGAAGUUCCUGCCGUCCGUCAAAGUGUUGCGCAACCAGUUCGAAUCGAAAAGCAUAAUGCUGCAGAGUGACGUUAAACUGAAACAAGGCCGGGCCGCCGUUAAAUUGAGCGACAGCGUCAAAGAUCCGGCUGCGUCCGUCCGCAAAUGGAAGUCGACCAGCAACUUCCAUCAGCAAGAUUCGGCAUCGUCGACGGAGGCCGAACGCAGCCGGAGCAGCAGCCUCGGCAGCCUGGAUGAAAUUACGAGCACGAUAAGCUCGGCCAGCAGCUCAGGCCAGGCCAGUUCGGGUAGUUCAUCCAGCGGCAAUCACUCGUCGGCCAGCAUGCUGGAACACUUACCGAAAAAAGAUCAUUCAUCGUCGGUGAUCAGUUUGAUCCAGCCCAUCAUUCUGAUCGAUAUGAACGACAAGGACAAAGACUACGACAUGUACCGUCCACGCCAUUCAACCGCCCAAUGGAACCCGACAUCACUGCUGGAUGAUUUGUAUCGAAUUCAAGAGCUGAUACCCGAUGAAGCGAAUGGGAAAGAUUAUCCGGCUGCAGUGGCCAUCGAAGGAGCGUUAGAUAAAUUGCCUUCCGGUCGUCGUAAAGCCACGUUUUGGAACGCCUGGAAGCGCAGAUUCUUCCAAGCCAAGGAUGGCUACCUUUACUGUCACCAGAACAGCCAAUCGGAAAAGCCCAACAUUGUGUUCCAGUUGGUUGGCGGCCAAGUUGAAAUCGACAACAACAUGAUCAGCAUCGACGACGGGAAAGGACAUUACAUGGUCGUCAGAGGAAGUACGAAGGCGGAAGCGGAUCGCUGGUAUCAGGCGCUUUUGAGCCACGUGAAUUACAAGGGAAAUUCUUUGCUGCACGCAUACGUCCGACCGCAAGCCAUGCCGAAAGAACCGAAAUUAUUCAAGGACAUUGUCAUUCUUGAUUUAGGCUCAUCGUCCGUCCGAGCCGGCAUUCUCUCCGCCCAAGCCACUCUACCUCAGGUGUUCUUCCCCUCGGUGGCUGCUGUUGAUAAAACUAGCGGUCACUAUGUGGCUUUCGGUACACAGGCCGUUCUGCCCGAGGUGCGAGCCAAUAGCACUCUCGCCCAUCCAUUGCGUUCCCCUAAAAUUUCCAAGUUUAUGUUGGAUAUGGAAGGCGUGGCCGGACUCAUCCAGACGGCCUUCAGGCAACUGAACAUCGAGCCAUCGUCUUACGGAAUUCAGGUGAGCGUACCAAAACACCUGAACCAUGCGACCCAGGCGGAACUGGUCCGUCUCCUGUUUGACGAUUUCGGUCUUCAAGCGGUCAAUCUGACUCACCAAUCGGUUUUGAGUAUGUUGUCGUACAACUCGACAUCAGGCAUUGUGGUGGACAUCGGUGACCGAAUCGACAUUGUGCCCAUCAUGGAUGGCUACAUGCUCGAGUCGAGUGCGUCGCAGGUGCCUUAUGGUGGCCAGCAACUGGUCGACCACCUGCGCCACUUCCUCGUCCAGCAGCGCUGCUCCCUUUUCACCGACGUCGAAUCUUAUUUAAUCCGCCAUGUACUGGAGAAAUUAGCUUACGUGGCAGGUCCAGACACGAACGCCUAUCACACGGAAUUGAGCAAAGCCAAGAGCGAUCCGUCGUCCGUCAGAGACACGGUCGAUCUAAAGCCGUUCAGCAACGGCCAACUGCCUUGGGAGGAAGUUUCACUUGAAAUUGGCCGUUUCCAGGUGACUGAAGGUCUUUUCCAUCCGGAAGCUUGGGGUUUAGAUAACCCGGGAAUCCAGAAACUCGUCCACAAGGCCAUUCAGGAUUGCAGUGUGGACAUCCGCAAGGAAAUGGUGCGCAGUAUUUUCCUAAGUGGAGGUGUUACCCUACUGCCCAACUUUCCAGAACGGCUCGAAGCCGAAAUAGAUCGACUCACGCCGUCGCAUCUCAUCCCUAAAGUUCACGCUUCGCCGUAUCGCUAUCACGCCGCAUUCCUUGGCGCUUGCGUUCUGAGCAAUUCAACGACCUACGAGCAAUCGAAAAUCAGCCGAGACGAAUGGCGGACCAAUGGCGCUGAAACCGUUCGCAAAUGGAAGCCUUAAGAACUUGUUGAAUUUUUUUUUUUUCAAACUCAUUUCUUUAAUUAGAUGAUUAAGUUUUGAUAUUUAAAAAGAUUGUGCUCGUCUUUUCCCACCUUCAAAGGUAAAAUUUCAAAAUGCCCUUAACUUGUUUAAAAAGACGGAACUAGAGAUGCUUUCGAAGAAUAACAUCGCAGAGGUGGUCGGCUCCCUCUUUAAAAGCAACAUUCGAUAAUUGUUUUACACAGUGUCAAUUGAAAACAUGAAUUUCUCAAACUUCUUUUUACUGCAGAGUGUAUCAUACAUACCGCUUCGUUCUAUUGAGAGAGACAAAUAAAAUUGCUUUCGACAAAA